ACGCGGAAGUGGGAAGAUCACGACGUAGCAUCUGUUUCUAGGUGUAACUGACCCUCUCUAUCUGAUUGAUUAAACUAAUCACCGACCGAUCUAAAUACAGACAGAGAGAAAGAAUUGUCUACACCAUUAAUCCUCUUAUAAACCCGAGAGUCAAACUCACAACAAACUGUUAUAUUCUCUGCAGAAACUCCCACAAAAAUAAACACAUCUCCUCCCCCCCCAUUUUUAUUAUCUUCUCUGCUUUGCUCUGUUCUGGAUCAUCCUGAUUCUUCAGAUCAUCAUCAACUUGGAUCUUUACUCUCAGGUGGAUUUUGCGGAGAUGAAAAGAUUCGAGAGGCCAAGAACUUCGACUACCUCAAAGCCAAGAACCAGUUCCACUUUGGCAAAGAAAGACCAGAAACAGCAGCCCACUAGCAAAGCCAAUGGAGGAGUCAAACCGUUGAAUGCAGCUCAGCUUGUUUCCAGAGUUCUAGAUGCGACUGCUUCUGAUCCUUCUUCAGUCACUCUAAACGAUUCAACAACUGGAUCCGAGUCUUCUGAAGUCUAUGAAAAUAUGAACCUUCAUUACAUGGACGAUGCUAACGAGAAGCCAAGGAAUGAUGAGACUCUGAUGAUGGUGGACUACGGUGACGAAUCAGGGACCGAAACAAACAAUGAUUCUGUUUCUUCUUCUCAAGGAGGUGAUGUGUUCUCCCCUGAAGAUAAGAAGUCAUCAAGGGUUCCCAAGAGCAGAAGCUCUCAGGAUAUACCCUUGACAUCAAAGGGACGAGCCAGUGUCGGUUCGGUUCGAUCUCGAUCCAGCACGUUCCACCGCACUGCUAGAAAGACCGUGAGAUCCAGUAAGAGUCAUCAGGCAAAAGCUUUGUCUGAUCUCUCCUCUUAUAGAAGCAGCUCUGAGACUAAAAAGACUUUCUCUCCUGAAACGGUUGAUGACGCUUCUUUUGAGGAUGCAAAAGAAGAUGACAAGUUCGAAGAUGCGUUGAAUAAUAGCACUGACAGUGACAAUGACAAUGACAAUGAAGUAGUACAUGUGGACAAGGAAGGCGAAAGAAACCAAGACUUGACUCAAAAGAUUGGGACAUUGGAAUCUAGGAUCGAGCGACUCGAAGAAGAGCUGAGAGAAGUGGCUACUCUUGAGAUGUCACUGUACUCUGUGUUUCCAGAGCAUGGGAGCUCGGAACAUGAGCUGCACAGACCUGCACGUGAUCUUUCUAGGAUCUACGCGCUAGCUAGAAAAAAUCAGAGUGAAAACAAGUUAAUAUCAGUAGCCAAAAACAUUGUAUCUGGUCUCUACUUGGUGUUGAAAUCCUGUGGAAGCGAUGUACUUAGGUUAACUUUCUGGUUGUCCAACACUGUCAUGUUGAGAGAGAUAAUUUCACAUGAAUUUGGUGGAACAAAUAUUAAUGGAUCAAACUGGCUUGAAGAAGACUGGACAGAUAUAAGAACUCUGAUAGCUGCACUAAGAAGAGUUGAAUCAUGUUUAUUCACAAGUACUGUUGGUUCCAUAUGGUCACAGGUAAUGAUGGUACAUAUGAGAUCUCCUCAAGGAGUAGGCUCAACAAAGUGUGAAAUGAUGGGGAAUUUUUCAGAACCAUCAACAUGUGAUAGGUUACAAGAGAGCUUUUCUUUAAACCUGUGGAAAAAAGCUUUUGAGGAGGCUCUUCAACGGCUCUGUCCUGUUGUUCAAGCAGAGAGAUGUGGUUGUUUGCAUGUAUUGACAAGAAUGGUAAUGGAGCAAUGCAUAGCAAGACUUGAUGUGGCUAUGUUCAAUGCCAUUCUCCGUGAGUCGGCUCAACCAACUGAUUCCGACUCUGAUCCCAUCUCUGACCCAAGAGUUCUGCCAAUCCCAGCAGGGGUUUUGAGCUUUGAAUCUGGAGUAAAACUUAAAAACACGGUUGGCUACUGGUCAAGAUUGCUUACAGACAUCUUUGAGAUCGAUGAUGAUCAUUCUGAGGAAAGAGGAGAUGAGACAUUUAAACCUUUCCACUUGCUCAAUGAACUGAGCGAUCUCCUUAUGCUUCCAAAAGAAAUGCUUGUAGACAGUUCCACCAGAGAUGAGGUCUGCCCAUCAAUUGGUUUGAGUUUGAUAAAAAGGAUAUUAUGCAACUUCACCCCAGAUGAGUUCUGCCCAUACCCCGUCCCAGGAACUGUUCUUGAGGAGCUCAACGCUCAGAGCAUAAUUGAGAGAAGAAGCUCAUCAUCAGGAGAUGCAACUAGAGACUUUCCCAGACAAGUCGAUCCGGUUGAGUACUGUCUUCCUUCUAGUCCACAGUUGACAGAUAUGGUUGAAGAGUUCAGUGACAACCUUAAGGUUUCUAUGAUACAAAACAUAGUAUACAACAACAACGAAGAGGUAGAUACUACAUCAAGAUCUCCUCCAUACUACAAAAUCAUCAAAGGAGUUGAAGAAAAGGACAAUCUUAGUUUCUCUCCCACUAAUGAAAGAUACAGACUCCUUGGAGAAAUCUAAAACCAAAGCUCAUAAGAUGUACAUUCAUACAUAACUCUCUCUCUCUGUCUCUCAUACACACACACUCCAAAAACAAAACAUACGCACUUAUCUUGGUUUUUAUAGUAAAAAACUAGAGCGAAUAAAAUGGUCUCUCUCUCUC